UUUCAUUUUACUUCAUCAAACUCCAAACAAUGGUUUCUCUCAAAGCUCUCUCAACCGUCUUUUUUCUUGUACUCGGCGUUGGCAUUUGCUACGCCACUAGCCGGAAUCUCUUAACGUACGGGGAUAUACCAGCUGGCCAUGGUGGUGGAGGAGGAGGACAUGGUGGUGGUGAAGGUUAUGGAGGAGUGAGUGGUGGUGGUUAUGGGGGCGGUAGUGGAGAAGGUGGUGGUGGUGGAUAUGGAGGAGCUGAAGGGUAUGCCGGUGGUGGUGGUGGUGGCCACGGUGGUGGAGGUGGUGGAGCUUCUUCUUCUGGUGGAUACGCUAGUGGAGGUGGAGAAGGAGGUGGUGGCGGUUAUGGUGGAGCAACUGGUGGAUACGGUGGUCAUGCUGGUGGUGGUGGUCAUGGUGGAGGCGGUGGUGGAGCUUCUUCUUCUGGUGGAUACGCUAGUGGAGGUGGAGAAGGAGGUGGUGGCGGUUAUGGUGGAGCAACUGGUGGAUACGGUGGUCAUGCUGGUGGUGGUGGUCAUGGUGGAGGCGGUGGUGGAGCUUCUUCUUCCGGUGGGUAUGCUAGUGGAGGAGGAGAAGGCGGAGGUGGUGGUUACGGUGGAGAAGCUGGUGGUUAUGGUGGUCAUGCUGCUGGUGGCGGUGGAGGUAGUGGCGGUGGUGGUGGAGCUGCUUAUGGCGGUGGAGGAGAUCAUGCUAGUGGUUAUGGAAGUGGUGGUGGUGGUGGUGAAGGUGCUGGUGGUGUAAUUGGUGGUCAUGCUGGCGGUGGAGGUGGUGGCAGCGGAGGCGGUGGAGGAUCAGCAGGUGGAGGGUCUUAUGGUGGUGGUGCUUAUGGAGGCGGUGAAGGAGGAGGAGCUGGAGGUGGGUCAGGAGCCGGAGGGUAUGGAGGUGGUGGAGGAGGAGGAAGUGGUGGAGGAGGAGCUUAUGGUGGAGGUGGAGCACAUGGAGGUGGUUAUGGAAGUGGUGGUGGUGGUGGUGAAGGAGGUGGUUAUGGUGGUGCAGCAGGUGGAUAUGGAAGUGGUGGUGGAGGUGGUCACGGUGGUGGUGGUGGUUCAGGCGGUGGAGGCUAUGCCCCAUGAAGAAACCAACUCAAAAUAUUACCAAAAAAGAAAGAGGCUGGAAAUAAAAGAUGAUUGUGGAGGCAGGGGUAUACAAAUUAAAAUGCCUUGAUUGAAAACAUUUUGUAUCCAUUAUUGAACGUUGUAUUUCCUAAUAAUUAAAUAUUUGCAUUGUCUUACUAUUAUAUCAUUAAAAACAUUAGUUUAUAUAAAGUAAUGUUUUAUAGAUU